CUCCUGUGUCUUCCUUCUGGCCACCAUUUUUCUCCUCUCUUUCUCUCUCUCUCUCUUCUGUGGCUCGUCAAUGGCUGGCUGAGAGAGGGAAUUCAUAAUGGCAUUGAAUCUCUCUGUCCUUUGAUAUUUUUGUGCUCUCCCCUUAGAUUCUUUUCUCACCCAACAAGCUUUUAAUGCUUUUAAUGCGUUUUUUCAUCGCUCAGCAUUGUGAAAGUUAGACCCUUUCAGCUUGUCUGAAUCUUCAGUUUCAAUGAGUGCUGAAACGAAUGUUUUCCCUUCACUUCCUGUCACUGUUAUUGGUCUCCAGUGUUUCAACAUUUUAGGGGUGAUGGGUCAUGUUGGAGGCAUCAAAUCUGAAAGUUCUGAUAUACACUUUCAGAUUCUGAACGAGGAAGAAGAAUCUUCUGGGGUUGAAGCCACGAGCUUGUCUUUGAAACCUGUUGAAGAGCUUGAAGCUAAUAGUUAUUCUGCUGCAGGGAAACUCAGACACACUAAGCUUUGUGCAAGAGGACAUUGGAGGUCAGCUGAAGAUGCCAAGCUUAAAGAGCUUGUUGCACAAUUUGGACCUCAAAAUUGGAACUCAAUGGCAGAACAUCUUCCAGGAAGAUCAGGUAAAAGUUGCAGGCUGAGGUGGUUUAAUCAGCUAGAUCCUAGAAUUAACAGAAAGGGUUUCAGUGAGGAAGAAGAGGAGAGACUCUUGAAUGCUCACAAAGUGUAUGGUAACAAAUGGGCCAUGAUUUCUAGACUCUUCCCUGGUAGAACUGAUAAUGCAGUGAAGAAUCAUUGGCAUGUGAUCAUGGCUAGGAUGCAAAGGGAAAAGUCAUGUGUCUACAGAAGGAGAAAACCAACAUUUCAGAUCCAUCCAUCAAAGAAUUUGGAUUUGAUCUUGCCACUGAAUAGAGGCAGUGAAUCAACCAUUUCAAGCACCACCAUUGAUGAAUCUGCCUCAACAGGAACCAACCUCUCCUUCACUCCCUCUUCAGCAAAACCAACACCUCUUCCUUUACACAACCAUUGUCCUGUUCAGAAUCUCCAAGCUUUUAGUGCUCUAAUGGGUUUAUCUGGAGAAAGCAGGACACCAGCCAGGGAUGUGAGUUUCUGCAAAAAUUUUGGGGGUGGGAAAGGUUCAUGUGAGGCUGGACACAUGGGAAGGGUAAUGGGUGUGGACCAAUCUCAUUACUCAGAUUCAAACUCAUCAGAAGUUUCAGCAUCUGAAUCAUUUGCCACCAACAGGAUUACCAAUUUAUCAAUGCAUGGGGAAAGUGAUACCAGCACCAACAUGUUAUUCAUUGAUUUUCUUGGAGUAGGAGCUACAUAAAGAAAAUGUUUGAUUAGAAUGAAUGAAUAAUCUUCACUCAGAAAAGCCAUUGAUCCUAACAGAGGAAGAGGGAAAAGGAGUUUGGAAUAGUUGGCAAUUAUGGUUCUGAUGAUGAAGAGAAAUGGGUCUGGGUCUGCCUUCAUUCAACCUGUGCAAUUAGUUCCAUUUAUGGCCAAAGAUUAAUUGCAUAAAUGAGAAA